CAAGCAGCAGAACUCCUCCAAAUCCAAGUCGGUGUGGGAGCAGAGGACCAGCCAGAUCCGGAUGCACAACUUCCGAGCCAGCUGCGAGGCCCUGUACAACGAGCUGGACCCCGAGGAGCGGGUCCGCUACGCCACCACCCUGCACAUCAGGCCGGACAUGAAGACCCACCUGGACCGGCCGCUGGUGGUGGAGCCCAGGAGCGAGGGCAGGAACAACAUCAGCAAGCUGAGCCCUGGGGACGUGCAGGAGGUGCAGGAGCACCCCAAGGGCAGCUCCGCCGAUGGGGCAGAAGCCCCGCGGAAGCACCACCGGCACCGGGAGAAGGAGAAGGAGAAGCAGGCCGAGCAGGAGAAGGGCGACGCGCCCAAGGAGGAGAGCGCGGAGCCCGCCGUGCCCAACAAGGAGGAGCGGCACCGGCAGCACCGGAGCCGCAGCAAGGAGGUGGAGGGUGGCAGCAAGGAAGGGAAAAGCGAGCGGAACAGGGGGCAGGAAGGGGGGAAGAGGCACCACCGGCGGGGCUCGGUGGACGAAGGGGGGGAGAAGGAGCACCGCAGGCACCGCACGCACCGGCACUCCACGGAGCGCCAGGGCAAGGAUGGCAACGGCACCGCCAACGGCGCCCGCGGAGAGCGGCGCUCCCGGCACCGCGGAGGGUCCCGCUCUGGCAACAGGGAUGGAGAGCCCAAGGGGGAGAACGGGGAGGAGCCCCACAGGCGGCACAGGCUCAGGAACAGGGCCCUGUCCACCUACGAGUCGGUGGAGAAGGAGAACGGGGAGAAGGAGGCGGAGGCUGCGGAGAAGGAGCACCGGAACCACCAGCCCAAGGAGAACCAGUGUGAGAUCGAGGCCAGUGGGAGUGUGAGUGUCCCUGUGCACACCCUGCCCAGCACUUACCUGCAGAAGGUGCCUGAGCAGCCAGAAGACGCCGACAACCAGAAGAACGUGACGCGGAUGAUUCAACCCCCCCUGGACAAAACCACCACUGUGAACAUCCCCGUCACCAUCACGGCCCCACCAGGGGAAACCACUGUCAUACCAAUGAACAACGUGGAGUUUGAGAGCAAAACAGAGGAGAAGAAAGACGUUGAUGACUUGACGAAAAAUGGGCCUAAACCAAUCUUGCCUUACAGUUCCAUGUUCAUCCUGAGCCCCACAAACCCGAUUCGGCGGCUCUUCCACUACAUCGUCAACCUGCGCUACUUCGAGAUGGUCAUCCUGAUCGUCAUCGCCCUCAGCAGCAUUGCCCUGGCUGCAGAAGACCCUGUCCAAGCUGAGUCACCCAGAAAUGAUGCUCUGAAAUACUUGGAUUAUAUAUUUACAGGUGUCUUUACCUUUGAGAUGGUGAUCAAGAUGAUUGACCUGGGGCUGUUACUCCACCCUGGCUCCUACUUCCGUGACCUGUGGAACAUCCUGGACUUCAUUGUGGUCAGUGGGGCCUUGGUGGCAUUUGCCUUCUCGAGUUUCAUGGGAGGAACCAAAGGCAAGGACAUCAACACAAUCAAGUCCCUGCGAGUUCUGCGGGUCCUCAGGCCUCUGAAAACCAUCAAACGGCUGCCAAAACUAAAGGCUGUCUUUGACUGUGUGGUGAACUCCCUGAAGAACGUCCUCAACAUCCUCAUCGUUUACAUGCUCUUCAUGUUCAUUUUUGCCGUCAUUGCUGUGCAGCUCUUCAAGGGCAGAUUCUUCUACUGCACUGACGAGUCCAAGGAGCUGGAGAAGGACUGCAGGGGUCAGUACCUCGAUUAUGAAAAAAAUGAGGUGGAGGCCCAGCCCAGGGAGUGGAAAAAAUACGAGUUCCACUAUGACAACGUGCUCUGGGCUCUGCUCACGCUCUUCACCGUGUCCACGGGGGAAGGGUGGCCAACCGUGUUGAAGCACUCGGUGGACGCCACCUACGAGGAGCAGGGUCCCAGCCCUGGCUACAGGAUGGAAAUGUCCAUCUUUUACGUGGUGUAUUUUGUUGUCUUCCCUUUUUUCUUUGUGAACAUCUUUGUGGCUUUAAUCAUCAUCACCUUCCAAGAGCAAGGAGAUAAAGUGAUGUCAGAGUGCAGCCUCGAGAAAAACGAGAGGGCCUGCAUAGACUUUGCCAUAAGUGCCAAGCCCCUGACCCGGUACAUGCCCCAGAACAAGCAAUCCUUCCAGUACAAGAUGUGGAAAUUCGUGGUGUCCCCUCCCUUCGAGUAUUUUAUCAUGGUCAUGAUUGCCCUCAACACCAUCGUCCUCAUGAUGAAGUUCUAUGAUGCUCCGGAGGCAUAUGAAGAAAUGCUGAAAUGCCUGAAUAUCGUGUUUACAUCCAUGUUUUCCAUGGAAUGUGUGCUGAAGAUCAUUGCCUUUGGUGUGCUGAAUUAUUUCCGAGAUGCCUGGAAUGUCUUUGAUUUUGUCACAGUGUUGGGAAGUAUUACUGAUAUUUUAGUAACAGAGAUUGCGGACACGGACAACUUCAUCAACCUCAGCUUCCUGAGGCUCUUCAGGGCAGCCAGACUCAUCAAACUCCUCCGCCAGGGCUACACCAUCCGAAUCCUGCUCUGGACAUUUGUGCAGUCCUUUAAGGCCUUGCCUUACGUGUGUCUCCUCAUUGCAAUGCUCUUCUUCAUCUAUGCCAUUAUUGGCAUGCAGGUAUUUGGGAACAUUGCAUUAGACGAUGAAACCUCCAUUAAUCGGCACAACAACUUCCGUACCUUCCUCCAAGCCCUGAUGCUUCUGUUCAGGAGUGCCACGGGGGAAGCCUGGCACGAGAUCAUGUUGUCCUGCCUGAGCAACAGAGCCUGUGACCCCCUCUCUGGCCUCACCAAGAAGGAAUGUGGCAGUGAUUUUGCCUAUUUCUACUUUGUGUCCUUCAUCUUCCUCUGCUCCUUCCUGAUGUUAAACCUGUUUGUGGCUGUGAUCAUGGACAACUUUGAGUACCUGACGAGAGACUCCUCCAUCCUGGGGCCGCACCACUUGGACGAGUUCGUGCGUGUCUGGGCUGAGUACGACCCCGCUGCCUGCGGUCGCAUCAGUUACACAGACAUGUAUGAGAUGCUGAGACACAUGUCCCCACCUCUAGGCCUUGGAAAGAAAUGCCCUGCUCGUGUUGCCUAUAAGCGCCUGGUGAGGAUGAACAUGCCGAUCUCCCCCGAGGAUCUGACUGUCCACUUCACAUCCACGCUGAUGGCCCUGAUCAGAACGGCCCUGGAGAUCAAACUGGCCUCAGGUGGAGUUAAACAGCACCAGUGUGAUGCUGAGCUGAGAAAGGAGAUCUCCCUGGUUUGGCCCAACCUGUCCCAGAAGACUCUGGAUCUGCUGGUGCCUCCUCACAAACCUGAUGAAAUGACUGUGGGGAAGGUCUACGCAGCCCUGAUGAUAUUUGACUUCUACAAGCAGAAUAAGAACAGCAGGGAACAAGUCCAGCCCCCUGGAGGCCUCUGCCAGCCUGGCCCAGUGUCCCUGUUCCACCCCUUGAAGGCCACCCUGGAGCAAAGCCAGUCCACAGCGUUCAGCAACGCCAAGGCCUUCCUGCGCCAGAAGAGCUCGGCCUCGCUCAACAACGGGGGUGCACUACCAGCCCCAGAGGGUGGGAUCAAAGAGUCCAGUUCCUGGGGGACCCAGCGCACCCAGGACGUGUUUUACGAGACCAGGACACCAGCUUUUGAGCGAGGCCGCUCUGAGGAGAUCCCCAUCGAACGGGUGGUAGAAAUGAGGGAAAUCAGCCCCACAGUUGCCAAUGGAGAGCCCCAGCCAGGGCUGGAGAGCCAGGGCCGGGCGGCCUCCAUGCCACGCCUGGCUGCCGAAACUCAGCCCAUCCCGGACACGAGCCCCAUGAAGCGCUCCGUGUCCACGCUGACCCCGCAGCGCCCUCACGCCAUGCACCUCUACGAGUACUCCCUGGAGAGGAUGCCCCCGGAGCAGGGGCACCACCACCACCACCACCGCUGCCACCGGAGGAAAGAGAAGAAGCAGAAGUCCCUGGACAGGGCCGCCCAUCACUUGGCUGAUGGACAGGCUGCAGCCCAGGCUGGUGAGUCUUCUGCCAAGGACAAGAAGGAGCGGGGGCGGUCCCAGGAGAGGAAGCAGCACUCCUCCUCCUCCUCCGAGAAGCAGCGCUUCUACUCCUGCGACCGCUACGGCAGCCGGGAGCGCUCCCAGCCCAAGUCUGCUGAGCAGAGCAGGCCCACCUCCCCCAACGGGGGGCCAGAGCAAGGUCCACACAGACAGGGCAGUGGUUCAGUUAAUGGGAGCCCCUUGCUGUCGACAUCUGGUGCUAGUACCCCCUGCCGGGGUCGGAGGCAGCUCCCACAGACUCCACUGACCCCACGCCCCAGCAUCACUUACAAGACCGCUAACUCCUCGCCCGUGCACUUCACCACUGUCCAACCCGGCCUCCCCACCUUCUCCCCGGGACGCCUGAGCCGCGACCCCCCCCAUACCCCCAGCCCUGCACUAAAACCACAGCCAGACGAUGGCCUUGGGUCACCCCCAAUUCUUAGGCAGAACCUGAAGAAGAAUCUCAAGUUGUCCAAAUCCCCCCCUGCCUCGUAG